AUGCAGGAUAACGAGGAUAAGGAGAAUGCUGUUGCGGUGCCGCAGACGCCCGCGAGCAAUAUUUUGGAUGGGAGUGGAGUCGUACUGAAACCUGUUGGGUCGCGCGGGAAGCAGAGCUUCAGCGUGAGGAAGUCGCCAACUAGAGGCGGACGGUUGCCCCUCGCGUCCAAGGAUAACAAUGCUUCUGGGCUGGUUGUGUCCGGGAAAUUGGGCAGACAACCCGCAGACCAAGUGCGCGAGGCGAACAGUUCGCGUAAGUUGAAACGGUACGGGUCGCUGUUGGGGUAUGAUAACAGGCAGCUGACGCGUUCCAAGAGUCUGAUCUUAAAGGAUCCAGAGGCACCCAAUGAGUCGAGUAAAUCUGUGACGAAGCGACUGCUGCUCGAUGAGGAGAUCGCGAAGAACAGUUCUGACGGCGAUGACGAUGGAGAUGAUACUGAUAUCCUCAAGAUACGAUCACAGCUGGGAGGCGGGUUGGACCGGCUGGUACGCCAGUCACAGAACAGAGAACUAGAGAUACGCCCGCAGGCGCAAGAUGAACUGCCGUAUAUCCCAGAUGGACAUAUUAUAUUACACGAGGCGGACAUAGCUAAGUUGCGGGACUACGCUCCAAGGGAUAUCAUGAUAGAUGAUUCUGGAGCAGAUGAUACUGAUGAUGAUAAACGUCAAGCAGACGGAUCGUCUCUGCAGUUGCUGGAAUUGGAAGAUAUACCUGAUGGGCCAGAGCAUACGCAACCAGAAGUACAUUUGAAUACAUUGGAUCGUUUCCCGCAGAUCGCAGGUUCCGAGGAUUGGGAAAACGGACUGACGAAUGAUGAUAUAGAAGACUUGAUAAACGGGAUAUGA